AUGGCUUCCGACCGCCAGACCAUCAUGGAGGCUAACAAGUCCCUCCGCAACAUCAAGAACGAACUCGAAAACCUUCUGGAGAAGGGAGUCAUUGACGAAUCCGUUUACGAUACCAUCCACUCCGCCCUUCCCCAGGAGUCGCCUCUCUCCGGACCUCUUCGCACGACUUCUUCGAACAGCGUCAACACCGCAAGUUCCGCACGCGCCACUCCCCAGAACAACCAUACGCCUCUGCCCCCCUCUUACGAGGAUACUCCUCCUCCCAGUCUUCCUGUCCGCAACGCGAAGCCCGUCGUUGCCCAUGCCCGGGCUCUGUACCGCUACGUCGGCCCCGACGACCGCGAUCUCGCCUUUGAGCGGGACGACAAGAUCCUCGUGCACGAAUACAUGAACGACGACUGGUGGAUGGGCCAGAACAAGCGCACCGGCCUCGAGGGCAUCUUCCCGCGCAACUACGUGCUGGUGGAGCACGAGGAGAAGGCUCCCGCCCCCCAGCAGCCCGCCUACGGAUAUCCCCAGCAGAAGGGUGGCCCCCCUUCGCAGCAGAACCCAUACAACGCAAACGUGCCGCCUAUGGCUGUUGCCGAUGGGAACAAUGGCAAUGACCAGGAAAAGGACGAGAAGUCGGAGAAGUAUCAGGAGUACGGCAAGAAGUUUGGCAAGAAGCUGGGUAAUGCCGCUAUCUUCGGCGCUGGUGCCACAAUUGGUGGAAAGAUUGUGAACGGUAUCUUUUAG